CGAUGGCUUUAUGGGGUUCUCAUCCAUUCUCAUCUACUCUCGCCUUUCUCACUCUUUUAUCCCUGCCUUCUUCUAGACUCUUUUACAUGCCAUCAAAACUAGGGAGAAAGGAGGAGGAUCGGCUGGUCUCACUUACACCCCGACGGUCGUUCCAUCCACACCUGUGAGUGCUGCGCUGUGCCAUCUUCUUUUAUACGCUAUCCCUCCUAACUCUCGACGUCAAUUGUCCCCGUGUGUGUCUUUUUUUUUUCAUUUUGUUAUGUGAACUCGAGUUGGAAAUCUCGUCUGGUUUCUGUUCCAUUCUUCGGUUGCGGUCAACGAACAUUUCGUUCAACAUCGACCCGUUGAGGAAAUCUGGUUCUUCUGUGGACCUCGCGACAUUUUGUUACAUCACACAUAGAAAAACCCAAGAAAAGUGUGUCGACUCGAGUGUGAAGACGAGUCAUGGCUCUGGCGGCCAGUUCGUCAGCAACAUCAGUUACAACAGCCGGGCCGAGGAGCUCAGCGGCCACACCGCCGGAUCAACCGACUUUCCCAUUGAUGCCUACUCCGCUCUUUGCCGGCGCUGGGAAUGGCGGCGGCGGAGGAGGUGGAGGAGGACCUGGAGGAGGAGGAGGACCUGGAGGUCUUAUUCCUCCACCACCGGCGCUUCCGACGCUCAAUUUUAGCGUCAGUCAAGUAGCCACCGUUUGCGAAACGCUGGAAGAAAGUGGGGACAUUGAACGAUUAGGCCGCUUCCUCUGGUCUCUGCCCGUCGCCCAUCCAAACAUUGGCGAGUUGAAUAAAUCGGAAGCAGUGCUGCGCGCCCGUGCUUUGGUCGCUUACCAUAUGGGCAAUUAUCGCGAGCUGUACCACAUCGUCGAGUCGCAUCGAUUCACCAAAGAUUCGCACGGCAAAUUACAGGCCAUGUGGCUCGAAGCGCAUUACCUGGAAGCGGAGAAACUGCGAGGGCGGCCGCUCGGUCCCGUCGACAAGUACCGCGUCCGCAAGAAGUUCCCGCUGCCGAGGACCAUCUGGGACGGCGAGCAGAAGACGCACUGCUUCAAAGAGCGCACCAGAAGUCUGUUGCGCGAGUGGUAUCUGCAAGAUCCCUAUCCGAAUCCGACCAAGAGAGAGCUGGCUCAGGCGACGGGACUCACCCCCACUCAAGUUGGCAAUUGGUUCAAAAAUCGACGCCAAAGAGAUCGUGCGGCCGCCGCCAAAAAUCGGCCUAUAUGA